GCUGAGUAUCACCAAUGUAAAGCCAUCUUCACUGGACGGUUUUGUUUACAUGCGAUGAAAGCUAAGCUGUUAGCUUGAACUAACAUUGUACCACUGAAUAAUAUUGAUCGUCAACCAUGGGGAAGUCGUUUGCUAACUUUAUGUGUAAGAAGGAUUUUCAUCCUGCUUCGAAGUCAAAUAUUAAAAAGGUAUGGAUAGCCGAACAGAAACUAACUUUCGAGAAGAAGAAGCAAGAAGAUCUUAUGCAGGCAUAUCUAAAAGAGCAGGAUACUUACAACAACAGGGUUUUGAUGGGAGAUGACCGUGUUAAAAAUGGCCUCAAUUUCAUGUAUGAGGCUCCACCUGGAGCAUCCAAAGAGGAGAAGAAAGAGGAGGGAGAAGAAGAUUACAAAUUUGAGUGGCAGAAGGGAGCUCCUCGAGAGAAGUAUGCAAAGGAUGAUAUGAAUAUUAGAGAUCAACCAUUUGGAAUCCAGGUGCGCAACGUGAGAUGCAUCAAAUGUCACAAAUGGGGCCAUGUGAAUACAGAUAGAGAGUGUCCCCUAUAUGGACUGUCUGGUAUCAACGCCAGCUCUGUCGCCACCGAGGAAGCAGCAGGUCCGUCGAUGCACCCCUCUGAGUUAAUGGCGGAGAUGCGAAACAGUGGGUUUGCCCUGAAAAAAUGUGUCCUUGAUAGGAAUUCUACUGUUUGUGAUCCAUCACAGGAUUUUGUUGCCAGUGAUGAGGAGGAUGAUCCUGAGGUGGAAUUUCUGAAGUCAUUAACAACCAAACAAAAACAGAAGCUCCUCAGAAAACUUGAUCGGCUGGAAAAGCAGAAGGCCAAGAAAAAGAAGAGCAAAAAACAGAAGAAGAAAAGCAAAAGAAAGCACAAGAAAAAGCACGAGAGCAGCGACAGCUCCAGCGACUCCUCCAAUAGCGGGAGUGAUAGUGACUCAGAUUCAGACAGUCGUAGCAAGUCUAAGAGCACGAGAAACAAGAAAGAAGAGUCCUGUCGGGAUAACAGCUCUGAGAGCAAGAGACGAGUCAAGAGUCAAAGAAAGGCCCCCUCUCACAGGAACAGGUCACCGAGUCCUCGCGACGGACAGAAGUGGCCUAAAGAGGAGACUGGAGAUUACACACAAAGAAGGACAGAGAGGGGAAGGACCAGGAGUCCACGUCGCAGCCCGGAGAACAAGAUCAAGCUGGAGGAAGGUCGAGAGAGAAAGAGGCACAACAGCAGGGACAGGCAGAGGCCUUGCAGCUCGUACACUGGCCUGGACAGAAGUAGGAGCCGUGAGAGAGGCAGGGAGGACCGAGGUAAAGUCAGGCGUCACAGUGGAGACGAGGAGAGGAACAGAAGAAGCUCAGAAGGAAGGAAAGAAAAAACAGCUGAUGGGAGGAGCAGAAGCAGAGAGAGGAGAGAAGAAAGGGAGAGAAGGAGAAGAAGCAGGAGCAAGAGUAGGGAGAAGAAAGAGAAGCAGCGACAGAAUUAAAUAAGACAAAUUCUUUUCAUGUUAUUUCCCCUCAUAAUGGAAGAAGUAAAAAUGAUGUGCAUGUUUUUAUUCCUUUGAAAUAUUGUGGGAUUAAAUGUAAAGAAAAAUGUGUGUUGUUCUCUUUUUCCUCCAGUAGAGGGAAGCAGUGGACAGAAAAUAUCUAGCUGAGCUCCGUUCUUCCUGAUGUUUUGUUUUAUAUGAAAGGCCCCAAAUUAAUUACCAUUGGAAGCAAUUUGCUGCUGAACCGCUGAUGGGAAAAUGUUGGACUCAUUUUCAUUCACUUGCUUGCAAGAAAGAAAAUUUCUGUUGAUACAGUUUUUACCUUCUGUUGGGAUUUUUCCCCCUUUUUUGCUUUUUAAAAUAGUCACUGUAAAAUGUUCUUGGCUGUUGAUUCCUGAAAAACAAGAAUUUUUAUUUUAUCAUUAAAAUUGUAAUCAUA